AUGUACUAUGUUCGUGUCGGCAGGACAAACUUUAAUGUGGCCAUUCCCCUGGAGGAGCCUGUCAGGUUGGUUGGAGGAUCCAGCCACUGUGCAGGAACACUGGAGGUGAAACAAGGAGACUGGAGACCAGUAGAUGUCUCUGAUUGGACCCUGAAGGAAGCAGCGGUAGUCUGUGGAGCGCUGGACUGUGGCUCUGCUGUUUCAACAGGAAUAAGAAAUGAGUCCUUUUCCAAAUCUGCAUGGAAGAUCAGUCCUAACUGUAUUCAGUCUGGAUCUACCCUGAGAGAGUGUGCAACAUCAGGUUCAUCUUCCUCCAUCAUGGAGAUCACCUGCUUAGACUCUGUCAGGCUGGUGAAUGGGACCAGUCUGUGCUCAGGCAGACUGGAGGUGAAGACUAACCAGUCUACCCAGCGCUGGUCCUCAGUGUGUGAAGAUGACUUUGACCAGCAGGAUGCAGAGGUGGUCUGUAGGGAGCUUGGCUGUGGGGCUCCUUCAGUCCUCCAGGGGGCGCUCUAUGGAGAAGUGGAGGCUCCAAUGUGGACGAAAGAGUUCCAGUGUGGAGGCAACGAGUCUGCUCUCCUGCACUGUAAAAGCUCAGACAGAAACAACUGCUCAUCUGGAAAAGCUGUUGGACUCACCUGCUCAGAUCCUGUCAGGUUGGUGGGAGGAUGGAGUCGCUGUACUGGAACACUGGAGGUGAAACAGGGAGACUGGAAACCAGUAGAUGGCUCUGACCAGACCCCGAAGGAAUCAGCAUCUGUUUACUGUAGAAAGCUGAGCUGUAGCUCUGCUCUUUCAGCAGGAAGGAGAGAUGACUCCUCUAACAGAUCUGCAUGGAAGAUCAACCACGACUGUGUUCAGUCUGGAUCUGCUCUGAGGGAGUGUGUAACACCAUUGUUUUCGUCUUCUUCCGUCCUGGAGCUCACUUGUUUACAUCCAGCAGCUGUUAUCAUCAGACUGGUCGUCCUGCCGCUGACUCUGCUGUUGUUCACCAUUGUCAUCUAUUUCAUCAUGAAGGUCCGGGCCACCAGGGGGCAGAUGUCGGGCCCGCAGGAGAACAUCGAGCUGGAUUAUAACCUCGGUGUUAGCAGAGCUGAAGGAGCGCCAGCUGAAGAGGAAGGAGCGCAGGCAGCAGAGUAG